AUACUUUUCCGUGCAAGUGGUCGCUGGUUUGCGAGUCGCUCAGCAUCGCCGCCUCGUCAAUCCUGCUUCCUGCCCUCGAAACCUCACAAAUUUGUAAGGGUUUUGUGGAGCUUCGGUGUUGCAAUUCAAGUUGUUGCGUCCUGUGAAAUCAUCUGCUCUAGAAUAGGUUUUGUUGGUGGAGAGUUAUUGUGAGAGGACGCUACGUUUGGAGAGUGAGCGACACAGAAGAGCAGAAUGUUGGGGACUAGGGCACGAGGGUUGUCGCGCCUGUUGCUAAGGGCUGUAGCUUCAGCACCGCCUCAACCCCAAGGUGGCCAGUUCAGGAUUCUACCUGUGGUGGCGUCCACGGCUUCGUCGCCUUCUCGAUUUAGCUUUGGUCGAGACAAUGCACCUUGGGUGCUACAGCGAGCGGGUGUCACUAUACCUGCUGGAGAUGAACCAGACACACAUGAUGAUUUCAAGCCCGUUCAGAAACAAGCUGAUUCUUUAUCCCCUGUGCACGAAGCUAUUGAGAAGGACGUUAAAGAGAACCAAGUGAUGGUUUUCAUGAAAGGAGUUCCGCAGGCGCCUCAGUGCGGUUUCAGCGCCAUGGUUGUUCGCAUUUUAGAUGAAUAUGGUGUUGGGUACAAAUCGAGAAACGUUCUAGCUGACCCAGAGCUUAGGACGGCCAUCAAAGACUACAGUAAAUGGCCAACAAUCCCGCAAGUGUACGUAAAUGGCGAGUUUGUUGGAGGGUCAGACAUCCUCAUCUCCAUGCACCGGUCAGGGGAGCUCAAGACAUUGUUUAAAGAUGUGAAGAAGGAGGAGUUUUGAUUCUUCUCUAGGUUGUGUUUUACUGGUGUGUGGUCAUGCGGUGACUUUAGACAGUAGCGGCACUUUGAAGAAACGCUGGGCUUUUGAUCACGUUUGUGGUGUAUGUUGCUGAGGUGUUCACAUCACACCUUGAACGGUAGUUUCUGCGGCAUUAUCAGAGAAAGCUAUAAGCUUAACCAUUGGCAUGCUUCGUCACCGACUCACUUCCACGGAAUUAUUCUGUUCUGUUGAAAAGUUCUGCUGUAAGUUAGGAUUCGUUGGAGGAAUAUUACGUUAAAAAUAAGUUCUAGGUGCAUCACUAAGUCUUGUAGUAUGCGGAGUUCAUCUCCUGGCUACCGAUGACAGAGUCAGCUUGCAAAGUACUCACGACUGCUAGUGAGCAUGUGGACAUGUCUUUUAGCUUCUACCAUUGGAAAGAGCUAAUUGAAUCUACUCUCUCAUUUGCUUUGGUUUGUGCA